UGUGAGCGCGCGCGCGCGUGUUGCCGAUGCAGGGGCUUCCAGCAUGGCGUCCAUGCAGAAAAGGCUUCAGAAAGAACUGUUGGCUUUACAGAACGAUCCUCCUCCUGGAAUGACUCUGAACGAGAAAAGUGUAGAGAAUACUAUAACACAAUGGGUUAUUGAUAUGGAAGGAGCCUCUGGCACUCUGUACGAAGGAGAAAAAUUCCAGCUGCUUUUCAAAUUCAGUAGUCGAUAUCCAUUUGACUCACCUCAGGUAAUGUUUACAGGAGAGAACAUUCCUGUCCAUCCUCAUAUUUAUAGCAACGGUCACAUCUGCCUGUCCAUUCUAACGGAGGACUGGUCACCAGCACUGUCUGUCCAGUCUGUGUGUCUCAGCAUCAUCAGCAUGUUGUCCAGCUGCAAGGAGAAGAGACGGCCUCCUGAUAACUCCUUUUAUGUACGGACAUGUAACAAAAACCCAAAGAAGACUAAAUGGUGGUAUCACGAUGAUACAUGUUGAUGCUGAACUUGACAACGCAUUUAGAAAGAAGUACCUGCUGACGUACAUUAGCACUUUUUAAACUUUUGAACUCUGAGCCUCGGACUGAAAACGGAGGGCGCGAACUUUUACUCAAGGACCAGCAUUACGAUGACAACAAAACGGCUUUAAUCAAAGCGAAGACAUCAAGAGAUAAAGGUGGAAAACACCCAAUCAGGAUUGACCCCAGAUGGAUACCGGAUUAAGCAAUGAGUCUUAAUUCCAUUUUGUUUGUUUUUUUUUUUGUUUGUUUUUUUUUUAAGAAAAAAUUUCGGUUUCUUAGCCGUGUCUCAAAUCGCAUGCUUCUGUAGUGCACUAACCCCUUGUAAUGUGAGCAUUGUAUACAAAAGGACCACUAUUAUUGACCCUGUUCAGGUUACAGAGUCGAGUCAGCUAGCUAGGUUAUGCAGGCUAUCUUUAGUCUCUUGGCGUAGAGAGCGAGAGAGUAAUUUCGCAUUGCUAGUCAGAUUAUCAGUUCAGCUGAACUGAAUUUUAGCCAAAUGUUUUCAAAUGUCCAGAAAAAACAACGAAAGUCCGGCAUUAAAUUGAGAAAUUAGUACGUCCAGUUUAUAGUAAAGUGCAUAGUAUGCAAUUUGAGACAAAGCCUUUGUCUUUUUCUACUUUAUUGAACCUAUUAUUGAAUGAAAUGUUCUUUUCUAUUUCUGUUGUGCAAUAACGAACCUGAAUCGCUUGGUUCAUCUGGAAACGACUUUAGCAUUAAGUGCUUAUGCGUUUGUGCAUCUGUUUUGGUUUGAUGUUUAUAUGCACUGUGAAAUUCUCUAUGAAGGCACAGAACAGUUGAAAAUCGAAAACCUCACUCGAUCAUUUAUUUCUGUUUAAUGAACUAGGCAUGUGCCGAUAAUCGUUUAUAUAUACUCAUUAAUAUUUAAAAUGCAUGGUACGUUUAUUGUGAAUACUUCAAUAAAUUGUUGGUAGAGGCAAAUUUAUAUUUAUUACACAAGAAAUUAUUUAUUAUUAAUUUUAAUUUAUUUUCUUCAAUUUUUUCCAGUUAUUUAAGCUCGGUUGGUGCACCCUCUCCUUUGUUUAAAAAUACGAAUAUACAUUGACUGAUCACUUUAUUAGGAACACCAUUCAUUUAUGUAGUUAUUUAAUCAGCCAAUCAUGUGACAGCAAGGUCACAAGCUGCAGUUAAUGUUCACAUCAAACAUUAGAAUAAAGAUAAACUUAUUAUUGCAGUGACUUGGAAAACAAGGUGCCUGCUCCCCCCCCAUGUUCAGCUGUCCACAUUGGGUCCGCUUGCACCUCAGGUUCCUUUUCUUGCUUUUGUAGCUCAUCCGCCACAUAGGGCUGCUUUUCUGCUCACCAUUGUUGUAAAGAGUAGUUAUUGAAGUUACUGUAUCCUUCCUAUCAGCCUGAAUCCGUUCUUUCUCCUUUGAGCUCUUUUAUCGACAAUGCAUUUCCACCCACAGAACUGACACUUGCUGGAUGCUUUUUAUUUUGUUCUUGCACCAUUCUCGAAUUUUUGAAAUAGUUGCAACCGAGCUACGCUUGAAAUUCACAUUUCUUCCAAUCUGAUAUUUGGUGUGAACACGAACUGAAUCCCUGUAUUUGCGUCGUCCUUCUGUCACAUUAUUGGCUGACUGGAUAAUUCAAUCAACUGGCAGGUGUUCCUAAUAAAGUGGCUAAAUAUAAAAGUUAUUCCAAACACCAAUGCAACAUAGUAGGGAUGUCGGUAAGCCAUGAUUAAAAGUUAUAAGCAGGUAUUGGGAUUAGGGAAGUGAAAUAUUUGCACUUGCCUGCGUAGUCCCACUGAAAGUGAUAGAAACGUAAAACUAUUUUUAAGAUUGACGACUGUAACGAAUGUUAGCCAGGCUUCUGCUGUUUAUUUAUUUAUUUAUUUAUUUGUAUAAAUGGAAGCGUUUCGAAAGGGCUGCGAGUCAGACGACGUAGAGCUUAGCGAUUUGUGAAUAGCCAUGUGCCGAUACGAUUUUCAUAUCAUGAUCGUCUACCAUUUUAACCAAGCCUGUGACGUGAUUACGUUAUAUUUUAUGAUAUGUUUACCGUUACCUGUUCUUAGUGGACAGUGUUUUUAAACACUGUAGAAUGUAGCGCAGAACUAGCUAGCUAGCAAAUUAGCAUAUAUGUAACCAUGGGAAUGAUGACGAUAAAGAAAACAUUAGCUUAGACGAGCUCUCGCAAAUUUUCGAUUAGUUCCGAUUCGAAAAAAAAAAAUGCCUUCGUGGAUGUAAACAAGCGCUUAAAAAAACGUUUCCUUUUCCUAGUCACGACCAUAGAUAGAUAACUGGUCGCUGGCUGGCACAUUACUCACACCACUAGCAAAACGCGACUUCGGUAAAUUCACUUCAUUGACGUAAUUUUGAAGUGUUCACGAUAACAAUAGUGCAGACGUGGAAUUAUCGGCACAUGUCUAAAUGUGAAGAAUUUUCGCUCCUGAUCAUCUUACUUGUGUGUUUGUUCUCCUGGUCACUCUUUUCAGGACUCAGGUACUUUCUCCCCUCAAGAAGAAAUCAGCUUUUCCUACAGUUAUUUUGUGUUUUAUUGUGUAUAUAUUCAGUUCUUUUUUUUUUUUUUUUCCUUGAAGGAAAUAUUUUGCAAAAAAAAAAAAAAUCGAUAUGUAUAUUUAAAUUGUGUGUGUUGCUCUUUAGUUAAAUGGACAUGUGUAGUAAAGAAUGAUUAUUUAGA